GUAUUAGUAAGGAGGAUGUGCUUUUUCUCCUGUGGUGGAAAAGACAUGUUUCUAACUUGAAAACUGUUCCCCAGGGUGCUAGCAGGUGGUUUUGCGUGACUCACAAUUCCCUUGUUUUCGGCAAAUUUGUGACACCUCACUUAUGUUUGUUAUUAUGACCUGAGCCUGUUUUCCAUGCAUCCACCGUGGUAUUUCCACCCAAUUGCAACGAACAAAACGUCAGGUCCACGCCAUCCCCGUGCUGCUCCCUGCAUCGGCUUCCACGAGGCCUUGUUCUUAUCUCGUUUUCUACGGGGUGGGGGUUGUACGAGUGCCGAAUUGCUUAGUUCAGCCUCUGCAGAUAGCUAUCACUUCAGAAGCUAUUUGCUUGUAGCCCCUGCGAGGGAAGCCAAGAUGGAUGCGUUAGCGAUUUGUUGAUGAGCGAAAAUAAAACUUUUACGCUUGACAGUUUGCUCCAAAGUGGAUUCCUUUUGCUACCUGCAGGUAUGUCUAGGGAACACUUAUAAUCCAUCUGAUGCUGUUCAAGCAUGGGACAGCGGGCAGGUUUGCCUCUGGUGGUGAAUUCCUUCUGCGAGUGUGAGAGAAGGAAAGAUUUGUAUGCUGCCUGCGUGAGUAAAGCGGUAAUAUAGAGGAAAACAAGAUGCUCAGAUUAGACGCUUUGAUGAUUGUGUGUUUAGAUCUCCUUUUUACUCUGAAGACAACCACCCUGGCUCAUUUACAUUAAAUAUUUUGAAGAGCUAAAGCACCAAAGUGUACUAUUGUCACACUAAUCUAAAUUAAUGUACUGAUAGGAACAUAAUUUAGUGAAAGGAGCCAGAGUGACACAGUGUGUGGAAAGUGCUGAGACGAUCAGUAGCCCAAACCACCGAGCUGAUUUACACACUCCACAGAAUAUGCAGUGAUUAUGCAGCAGUUUGACCUGGUGGAAUAAUCAGCCUAUUUUCUUUCCUCUCUCGCAGCCCGACACUUGUUCUCCAAGUCCCGCUCUCCUCCGUGCAUGUGCUUCAGAAUAUGCGUUAGAGCAUUUCAUUAACCUACGAUGGAGAUGUUAAUAAACACAGCCUGCGGGCACGCAUCGAUUGAUCACAAUUUCCUUACUGCUGUUUUGCCUGGUGUGUCACAGAUACACACAGAGUGCGCACAGAUCUACAUGAAGGCUUGUAUGUGCAUGAAUAAUCACCAGCACAGACAUGCACAAAUGUACAAUAAAGCGCCAGCACACAAGCCCACAUCUUCACUCACCCUGAGAAUGAUGAAUUGCAGUGGAUUCUGGUUUUCAGACAGAUAGGCAUGAAGAAUUACACUGAUCAUCGUUUUAGUAAUGCAGUUUUUUUUCCCUUCUCUUUUCCUAAACAUGGUUCUCGUUUGUUUUGGCUUCUAAGAUCAGCACAGCGAGCGGGGAACAAACCAGAGUCGGUGUUUUGGCUUAAAGGAGAGCCGCUCAUUUUCUGUGUUUGCACGUCGCUGAACGCUGAGGCCUCAUCGUGGUGCUGCUGGUAGCGAGGCUUGUUUUGCAUGCUGCUUACAUGGCUGCACGAUCACUGUGUGUGUUUAAGUUGUGGGUGAGACACCGCAGCGGUUUGACAUAUAUUCUCCUGGGUGAUCGCACACACAAACACACAUACACAGGAAGCAAGGUGCAGCCUGUGUGAGAUGAAGGUGUUUACAUGCAUAUUAUAAAGCUGGCUUAAAAACAUGUCUGAGACGUUCCCAGCAUUUGUAACACAUCACUGUCACACAGUUCAGAGAGGUAUACAUUGUGUGAACAAAGCGAAACUUCCAUACUUGCACCCAGGUCACUGUGGAGUGGGUGUGCAAAGGCGAUAAAUACACUCUUUUUUUUCUUUUUUUUCACGCAGCUGCAGUUUUACAGUUGCUAUUAACGAAGAUCCAGAGGUACUCUGGCUGACACAGACUCUCACAUUCGAGAUUAAGAUCUCUUUUUCAAAAGGAAACCGUGUUCAAGAAUAACAUGUAUGCAUUAAACAUAGAGAUAAAACAGAAACAGAAACACAGAAGAGAAAUUCAACGUGACACGAUUUGCAUAUACAGUUCAGAUAGUCUACAGUGUGGAAAUUAGGUAAUUCUGCAAAAGGCUUUGCACCAGUUUUCAAGCAACAGAGUCAAAAUAUCCUGUGAGCUGACAUUAUGUAAUUUCUAUAUAAGCGUGGGAAGUGAGGAUCAUGUUUUGUCAUAGUUAUCACACGGGCAUAGUGUGUCUUUACAUGCAGCCAUGGGAAAAAGACACUACACCCUAGGAAAACGCAACCUUAGAUGAAGAAUAAAACAUUACAAGUUACAUUGUGUCAUUCUUUAUGUAACAAAAAUUAAGCCAGUGUGUGAAAAGUUAAGUACACUCUUACUGCUUCUAUAGGAAUUAAGCGGGUAAGUAGCUGCUGGGUGUUGCUAAUCAAAUACACUUAACCGAUCAUCAGCACCUCUGUAAAAGCUGAAGUUUUGGCAGUUUGCUAGUCUGAAGUGUUCAGGUGUGUUAACACAAUGCCAAGGAGGAAAGAUCAGCAGGAUCUUAGAGAAGCAAUUGUUCCUGCUCUUCAGCCUAUUAAGGGUUAUAUGGCCAUUUUCCAAAGCACUUUAACGCUCUACAGUUCUACAGUGAGAAACAUUUUGCACAGAUGCACAAAAGAUUUCAGACAGUCAUCCCAGGAGGGGACAUCCCAGCAAAUUCAGCCUGAAGUCAGACCAUGCACUACUCAAGACAGAAUGCAAAACAUCCGAGAGCUUCAUCUCAGACUCUACAGGCCUCGCAGAAUGUGACAUGUUAAAGUUCGUGACUGUACAAUUAUUAAAAGGCUGAACAAGUAUGACUUGCGUGGAAGGAUUGCCAGGAGAAAGCCUCUCCUCUCUAAUGGAUAUGGCAGCACAGUUUAGGUUUGCAAAAUUGCAUCUGGACAAAGUACAAGACUUCUGGAGCGAUAUCCUUUGGACAGAGGAGGCCAAAGUGGAGAAGUCUGGCACCACAUCUAGAGAAAACCAAACAGUAUAUCAACUAGGGGUGGGGGAAAAAAUCGAUACUGCGUAGUAUUGCGAUAUUUUGUUUGCUAAUAAUGUAUCGAUACAGGGACAGCAGACAUCGAUAUUUUGUUCCAAAAACUUCCAGUCCACCAGAUGGUGCGGUUGAGCUUUUUCUCUAGUGAGGUCAGCAGAGGUUAGGUCAGCACAUGGGAAAAUUGAUCAAACAGCCGUACCCAAUCUCUACCUAGAUGUGAAGCGUAAAGUUGAGGAAAGUUUGAGCACAGCAGAAAGGGUUGCAUUAACUUGCGACGCAUGGACCUCGCGGGCUGUGGAUUCAUAUGUGACUAUAACAGCUCAUUAUCUCACAGCGGACUGGCAACUGCUGUCUUACGUUCUCCAAACUCGAACAUUACAUGAAAGUCACACCGGAGCGAACAUUGCAAAUCUCCUGCAAAAUGCAGCACAGGAAUGGGGGAUUGCCGACAAAAAUCUGGUGGUUGUCACCGACAAUGCUUCUAAUAUGACAAUUGCCACUCAGCUAGCGGGAUACCUGCAUGUGAAGUGUUUCGCCCAUACGUUCAAUCUGGCAUCACAACGAGCCUUAAACCUGCCUGCAGUAGCCAGGGUCUUGGGGAGAGUGCGGCGCAUAACUGGGUUUUUCAAUAGAAGCACAGUGGCAAACCACGCUCUGGAGCAAAAACAGAAAAUGUUACAGCUCCCGACUCACAAGCUCAAGACCGACGUCUGCACGAGAUGGAACAGUGCUUAUGACAUGCUCCAGCGUUUCCUUGAACAACAACCUGCGAUUUGUGCAGCGCUGCUGUCUCCCGAAGUCAGAAAGAGUAGCACAGAUAUCUUUACUCUAAACGAGACGAAUAUUGGGAACACUGAAGAAAUUGUCCGGGCCUUGAAGUCAAUGCAAGUCACGACUACUGUGAUGUCUGAGGAAAAGAAUCCUACUCUGUCUCUCGUAGCACCGCUGCUAGCACAGCUGUUGCACGACACCCAAGACAACAUUGGUGACACAGCGCUGGUCAGAAACAUCAAGCAAAGUAUCAGUCAAGAUCUUAAGAAGAGAUAUGCCAGCACAGUCGAGAGGAACACCCUCUACACAGCAUCAGCUCUCGACCCACGCUUUAAAACCCUGCCGUUCCUGUCACUGGAGGAAAGACAGGAAACCUAUGCCAGAGUGGUUGCUGAGGCUAUAACCCUUCAGGAAGAAAAGAGGCAGCAGCCCAUCUGUGAGCCAGAAGCCCAUGAACAUCAUGAGAAACCUGACGAGACUGAACAAAAUCCCAGACCCCCUCUCAUACCAGCCAAGAUGAGGAAGUCUUGUGGGUUAACAGACUUGCUUGGUCAGACUUAUGGUGAUGUUGGAGCCCCACCAAAAUCAUUAUCUGCCACAGCUGAGGAGGAGGUGAAAAGAUACCAGGAGGUCACGUCACUGGCACUCACAGAAGACCCACUAAGCUGGUGGAAAUCCCAUGAGGAAGUCUAUCCUUUCCUGGCCACACUGGCAAAAAGAUACCUUUGUAUCCCAGGUACUAGUGUCUCGGCUGAAAGAGUCUUCUCAACCGCUGGAGACAUCGUCACAGCAAAACGGAGCACUCUGACUUCAGAGCAUGUUGAUCAGCUCCUUUUUCUGAGCAAGAAUGCUGACAUUGCUUCACUGUCCAAAUGUGUUUAACUUUUUAGGGCAGCAACAAA